CUCAGAACAGGGCUGUGGACUGCAGUAUCUAGUUUCUGCUACCUAUUUCUGCCUUGCUGCAUCAUAGGAGAAGCAUACUGGCCUCUCCUGGUCCAAUGGAUUGAAAAUAGAAAGCUCGUGGUUUUUUUCCCCUUGAAAAGACCCUUUUUUAUGUCUGAGUGAAAGUGGUCUGCAGCCUGUAGCCUUAGAGAAGGCUCUCUGGCAGCUGGAUAGCUGGGACUGCAUUGUCUGCCUUCAUGACCCCCGCUGUGUAAAGGCUUCAUAUCUUCCCUUUCUCUUCUUCUUCAAAUCUAUUAAACCCAUAUCUGAGGACAGCCAUGUUUGGUACGGAAUCCUCAUUGAGUAUGUUUUUGAACACAUUAACGCCUAAAUUCUAUGUUGCCUUGACGGGCACAUCCUCCCUGAUCUCAGGGCUAAUAUUGAUAUUUGAGUGGUGGUAUUUUCGAAAGUAUGGAACAUCAUUCAUUGAGCAGGUAUCUGUCAGCCAUUUGCGACCCUUGUUGGGAGGAGUUGACAACAACACAACAAGCAACUCCAACACCAGUAAUGGUGAUGCAGAUUCCAGUCGACAAAGUGUAUCAGAAUGUAAAGUGUGGCGGAAUCCACUAAAUUUAUUUAGAGGAGCAGAAUAUAACAGGUACACAUGGGUGACAGGAAGAGAACCUUUAACAUAUUAUGAUAUGAAUCUUUCAGCACAAGACCAUCAAACUUUCUUCACAUGCGAUACUGAUCAUGUGCGGCCAGCAGAUGCAAUUAUGCAAAAAGCCUGGCGAGAAAGGAACCCACAAGCAAGGAUUUCUGCUGCACAUGAAGCAUUAGAAUUAACUGAAUGUGCUACUGCAUUUAUUCUCCUCGCUGAAGAAGAAGCAACUACUAUAGUGGAAGCAGAAAAGCUUUUUAAGCAGGCACUUAAGGCUGGAGAAGGAUGUUACAGGCGCAGUCAGCAGUUACAGCAUCAUGGAGCACAGUAUGAAGCACAGCACAGGCGUGACACAAAUGUACUUGUGUACAUUAAAAGACGUUUAGCAAUGUGUGCACGAAAACUGGGAAGAACCAGAGAAGCUGUGAAAAUGAUGAGGGAUUUAAUGAAGGAGUUCCCAUUGCUUAGUAUGUUCAACAUUCAUGAGAACCUGUUAGAAGCACUGCUGGAACUGCAGGCUUAUGCCGAUGUACAAGCAGUUUUAGCAAAGUAUGAUGAUAUAAGCUUACCAAAAUCAGCAACAAUAUGCUACACAGCUGCCUUGCUCAAAGCAAGAGCAGUAUCAGACAAAUUUUCCCCAGAAGCCGCAUCUCGGCGAGGGCUCAGCACAGCAGAAAUGAAUGCUGUAGAAGCCAUUCACAGAGCAGUAGAAUUUAAUCCACAUGUGCCAAAAUAUCUUUUAGAAAUGAAAAGUUUAAUCCUGCCCCCUGAGCACAUCCUGAAGAGAGGGGACAGUGAAGCAAUAGCUUAUGCUUUCUUUCACCUCCAGCACUGGAAAAGGGUAGAAGGAGCUUUAAAUCUCUUACACUGUACGUGGGAAGGGACAUUCAGAAUGAUCCCAUACCCACUUGAAAAAGGUCACCUCUUCUACCCAUAUCCCAUUUGCACAGAAACCGCAGACAGAGAAUUACUGCCUUCUUUUCAUGAAGUUUCAGUGUACCCAAAGAAGGAGCUUCCCUUUUUCAUUCUGUUCACUGCAGGUCUCUGCUCCUUCACAGCCAUGCUGGCCCUUCUUACACACCAGUUUCCAGAGCUCAUGGGAGUCUUUGCAAAAGCCUUCCUGAGUACCCUCUUUGCCCCUUUAAACUUUGUCAUGGAGAAAGUGGAAAGCAUCCUUCCUUCCAGUCUGUGGCACCAGCUCACCCGGAUCUGAGACCCCCGCAGCACGGACAUAUUGCCAUGACAUGUUACCUGCCAACUUUUUGUUGACUAGAGUAAAGCAUGAUAAAAAGGGAAACCAUUACCUGGAAAUGAAUGGACUGUAUGUUCUCAUAUACAAACUGUUUUUGUUGUAAAAAGAAAAGAAGUUUGGUUUAUUCUAUUUUUCCUUCAGUAAAAAAACAAAAAAAAAAAAGAAGAAAAAGAAAAACAGAUCUUCAGAAUAAAAUUUUGUGUAUGGCA